CUUGGUCGGAACACAAGCAGAGGAAAGAUUAGAGAAUGGGCACUGUCCAACCCAAGGAGGCGGCGCAGCCUGUCAGGAAGGACAUUGUUUUCUCCAGAAACGCUCCAUGAGAGGAACUUGGGGGCACUUGACAGCGUCCUCAGCAGGCCUUACAGGAAGGCCAGAAGAAGCAAGCCUUUUCUCUUGCAGACCAGUGAUAGCGGUUCAACAAAGCAAGGAUAUAAUUUCUCUGUGGAAUUAAUGUGGUCCAGAGUAAUGAUGCGGGUGUGCUGGUUGGUGAGACAGGACAAUCGGCACCAGCGAAUCAAACUUCCACAUUUGGAAGCAGUCAUGGUUGGGCGCAGCCCCGAGACCAAGAUCACUGACAAGAAAUGUUCUCGACAGCAAGUACAGUUGAAAGCAGAGUGUAACAAAGGAUAUGUCAAGGUAAAGCAGGUAGGGGUCAAUCCCACCAGCAUUGACUCACUCAUAAUUGGGAAAGACCAAGAGGUGAAGCUGCAGCCUGGCCAGGUCCUCCACCUGGUGAAUGAACUUUAUCCAUAUAUCAUAGAGUUUGAGGAAGAGACAAAGAACCCUGGCCUGGAAACACACAGGAAGAGAAAGAGGUCAGGCAACAGUGAUUCUGUAGAAAGGGAUGCUGCCCAGGAAGCUGAGCCCAGUACAGGACUAGAACCUGGGAGCAACCCUAGCCAGUGCUCUGUGCCCCCAAAGAAGGAGAAAGAUGCAUCCACCAAAAAGGAAUCAUUGGGCCACUGGAGUCAAGGCUUGAAGAUUUCAAUGGAGGACCCCAAAAUGCAGGUUUACAAAGAUGAGCAGGUGGUGGUGAUUAAGGAUAAAUACCCCAAGGCUCGUCACCACUGGCUGGUCUUACCAUGGGCCUCCAUUUCCAGUCUGAAGGCUGUGACCGGAGAACACCUUGAGCUCCUCAGACACAUGCACACUGUGGGGGAAAAAGUGAUUGCAGACUUUGCUGGGUCUAGCAAACUCCGCUUCCGAUUGGGCUACCAUGCCAUUCCCAGCAUGAGCCAUGUACACCUUCAUGUGAUCAGCCAGGAUUUUGAUUCUCCUUGCCUUAAAAACAAAAAACACUGGAAUUCUUUCAAUACCGAAUACUUCCUCGAAUCACAAGCUGUGAUUGAGAUGGUACAAGAGGCUGGCAGAGUGUCUGUCCAAGAUGGGAUGUGUGAGCUCUUGAAGCUGCCCCUCCGUUGUCAUGAGUGCCAGCAGCUGCUGCCUUCCAUUCCUCAGCUGAAAGUGCAUCUCAGGAAACACUGGCCAAAGUGAUUCUGUGGAGCCUGAACUUCUGCAGCAGGUGUGGCUGAUUGUUUCGAGCAAAUUCCUGACACCUGUUCUGGAUUUUGUGUGAACUUUUAUUUCUUGAAUUAAAACAUGCAAUUUUUUUUUUUUCAAA